AUGAACAAAUUCUCUUCUUAUGAAAACCAUAAUCUCUAUGGCGAGGACGUUUUAAAUGAUGACAGUUCCAGCGGCCAUAACAAUAUUCUCAACAACGAUUUCCACAAUUUGGAUAUAGAAGAAGACAGCAUGAACACUGCUAACAAUAAUCUCGAGUUCAGUAACAAUUUUGCACAUAAAUGGCCCAGAAUUAGAGACACUUUGCUGUCAUUAAAAUCCUUUCUACUAUCCAGAAGAUCUAUGGAGACAUUUUUCUGUAUUAUAGGUUGGUAUAUCUUUUCAUUGACUAUAUCCUUGUAUAAUAAGUGGAUGUUUAGUGAUCCUGAUUUAAAUCUACCCUUUCCUGUAUUAAUAACUUCAUUUCAUCAAUUAACUCUAUUUUUUUUCAGUUCUGUUUUUUUAAUUUUUGUUCCUUCUUUAAGACCGGAUAUUUUCAAAUCUCAAAUUAAUCUCGAUAAUGAUAUUGGCAAUAGCACAAAUUUAAACCGAGAUGGACAGGUCAAAUUACAAUUUAAAGAUUACUUGAUGGAUCCCAAAUUGUAUGUUAUUGCAAUCGUGCCCUGUGCAGUUGCGAGUGCUGCUGAUAUUGGUUCUGGUAAUGCUAGUUUAAAAUUGAUUACUUUGAGUUUUUACACAAUGGUUAAAUCUUCUUCGAUUAUGUUUGUAUUAUUAUUUGGUAUAUUAUUUGGAUUGGAGAGUGCCUCAUGGACAAUUGGUGGUAUAGUUUCUAUCAUGACUAUUGGUGUGAUCUUGUUAGUAGCAGGAGGUGGAACGCCAAGUGAUGAGAAUGUAAAUAGUAAUGCUGGAUUUCAAGUGAUUGGGUUUUUCUUAGUUUUAACAUCAUCAAUAAUGUCUGGUUUAAGGUGGACAUUUACUCAGUUGUUAUUAAAAAAAAAUAAAUAUACAUCAAAUCCAAUAUCUACGAUUUUUUAUUUGGCACCACUAAUGUCUGCGAUAUUGUUUGUAAUUGGGAAUUUUUUGGAAGAUAUUACAAAAGUGUUUGAAAAUAAAAUAUGGAAAGAAAAGGGAAUUGUUCUAACGUUACUUAUAUUCAUUUUCCCUGGUGUGUUGGCGUUUUUCAUGACUAUUUUUGAAUUUGCUUUACUACAAAGAUCUCAUGUUAUAACGUUGUCAAUUGCGGGAAUCUUUAAGGAGUUGCUAACUAUUGUUGCAUCUGUAAUUACGUUUGGUGAUUCGUUAAAUUUUUUAAAUAUUGUGGGAUUGAUAAUAACAUUAUCUGCUAUUAUUUGGUAUAAUUGGUUUAGGUUUAAACAGAGUCUUGAGGAUGGGAAUUAUGAUUUAAUCAACAAUAAUAAUAAUGGCAGUAACAAUAAUGAUAAUGAUAAUGACAAUAUUUUAAAUAAAAUGGACGAUAUUCUGGUAGAAGAUGAGAUAAUUGAUAAUGGUUCCGAUAUUUAUUUCAAUCCGACCAAAUAA